AUGAAGCUCGACGCGAGGAGCUGCCAGGACUUGCUCCGCAUUCUUUUCUCUCCGACGUCGUGGUUUGACGUGUAUUGGCCAGCAUCGCGCAAGUAUUUCUUCGGUCUGCUGUUUAUCGGCGUGAUGAGCGCAAAACUACUCCAUGUUUACUCCCACCUGAACUCGUUAUCCGUUGGCCAGUUCCUUCUCUGGGGCCCGACGUUCUUUUUGCAGGAUGUCGUUUGCAUUCUCAUCGCUCUAUUCCUCACUCAACAUUGCAACCGGAGAUGGGGUCGUGUGCUAGCCGCCUUGGUGGCUAUCCCAGCUACUUUAGCCAUCUCCGGCCUGGCCGCGGCCAACAUCUCCUUUUACUUCCAAACCGGUGCUGAAAUCCAUUGGCGACAGGCGCAUUACUUUCACCGGGACCCCGCCGCGGUCAAAACUCUGUUGACGGGCUUGACCGGCAUGAUAAUUGUGGAAAUCCUCUUCAGCGCAGUUGCCUGGCUAUCGACCCCUUACCUGUACAACGCAGUACGAAUCCCCGUGCGCAUUCUAAAAUCGACCGUGGCACCCCUCCGUUGCUGGAAGAGACGGGCGGCGACCGAUCCCAAGAGCUAUGCGCAGCUUCCUCGCCAGGAUUGGGAUGAGGAAAGCAACGAACAUGAGUCCAUGCUGGGGCGGCAUCGAGUACCCCAGUCAUCCCACAGGGGCCGACCUUCUCUGUUGCUGCGUAUAUUGGUGGGCUCGCUGGCAGCGGGUGUCGUUUUGCUGCGCUGCAUUCGUCCGUCGGAUAGCGCAUACUCGUUCCUCUCGCAAACAGUGAUCACCACUCCGUUCGAAAACCCCCCGGUUCACCAACAAAUAUCGUCUGUCGAUCUCCCACCCUUGGAUGGCGACUACAGUUGGCUUUAUAACCACACAGCGCUGGGCACUCCAUCAAAGCUGGACUGGCUACCCCGGAAGAAAUUGGCCGGUUUCCGAGACUGGUAUGCACUAUCAAACGGCAGCGCCCCGCUACACUACGAUCCGAUCAACGACCCUCUUAAAAUCAGCAACCUCGAUCAAGAUAUCCUCGCACCGUUGCGAGACGCCUUGGCGAAAGGCGAUAUUAACAUUAAGCAUGUCUUCCUGCUCAAGCUCGAAAGUACCCGAGACGACGUCUUCCCGUUGCGCAAGGAGUCCCACCUCGGUGACCUUAUUCGUGAGUCCUUCUCCGGUCACAUCCCCGAUGAUGUCGAGGAGAGACUUGCCAACCUGACCCGCAACGCCGAGAGAUUCACCGCCACUCCGUCUGGCUUUGAUCUCUAUGAUGUUGAGCCAUAUGGUGGCCUCCAUAUGACGAAUGCAUACACGGGCGACACAUUCACCCUAAAGAGUAUUUUGGCAAGCGCGUGUGGUAUCGCACCUUUGGUCGUCGAUUUCAAUCGCGAAUAUCUGCACCAUAUGUACGAGCCUUGCAUGCCACAGCUUCUGAGUGCAUUGAACUCGCUGUCCAACGACACCAAAGUUGCGAAGAAGUCGGACGACUUCACUACCUGGCCUUGGCACUCGACUUUUAUGCAGAGCAUCGAUGACAAUUACGACAACCAGAACCUUCUCAUCCCGGCCAUGGGCUUCCAGGACAAAGUGACUGACAAGACGAUCACGAAAGACUCGGAAAAGAGGGAUGGCGAGGCGCCCGAAAAGUUCAACUUCUGGGGCUAUCCCGAGCACGAGCUGCGACAUUACUUCUCCAAGGCUCUGAAGCAUGCCGAACGGCAUCAUGAGCGACUAUUCAUUACCCAUCUCACCGGGCAAACGCACCACCCAUGGGAUAUGCCCAAGGGCCAGGAUUACGAAGAGUUGAUUCACACUGGUAUCUUCGGUAAGAACAAGAACGUCAACCGAUACCUCAACACCAUCGGUGUUGCGGACCGAUGGCUUGGAGAGUUGACGGAAGUGCUUGAGGAAACCGGAGUCGCCAACGAGACGUUGGUCGUCAUGGUAGGCGAUCACGGCAUCUCCCUCAUCGAGGAUGGCGGCGUCACGCCAUAUGACAAUCCGCACGUCGCCAAUUUCCACGUGCCCAUGGUCUUCUCUCACCCACAGCUACCGCCGAUCAACAUCGACGGUCGCGUCACUUCGCUCCAGAUUCUACCGACGAUUCUGGACCUCUUGGUCGAGUCUGCAUCCCUAGACGAGAAGGCAACGCACGCGAUCAAAGAUCUCCUCCCUCUUUACGAAGGACAAUCCAUGAUCCGUGAGCUUGUUCCCGAGAAAGACGGCAAGCUCGACUGGCAGUUCACCGUCAUGAACACCGGAGCCACAUGGUUGGCCCUGAGAUCUGCACCUAAGCCCUAUCGCAUCGUCAUUCCCAUGGUCCCCGACGUGGAGUGGCGCUUCUCAGACGUCGAUGUCGACCCGCACGAGGAGAAGACCCUUCAGUCCUUCACGUUGCCUCCGUUACUUGAACAGGUGGCAAAGGAGCAUGGCGAAGAAGCCGUUCAAUGGAUUGAAGAGGCGGCGCACGUCGCUCAGUGGUGGGUUGCCGAGAACUGGAGUCGGUACGAAUACGUUCCCGAGUCUUGA